CUGGGCGCCGGGCCGCUCCCAUGGAGGAGGCUGAGUCCACUGAGCAGAGCCCGCUGCUGGGGGGCAGCGCCCGGCCGCCCGCCAGCCCCCCGGGCACAAGCGUCUUCCAGGGGCGGCGCUUGGCCUGUGCGGCCGUGCUGCUGGCGGAGAUGCUGGAGCGGGUGGCCUUCUACGGCAUCACCUCCAACCUGGUGCUGUUCCUCAACGGCACGCCGUACAACUGGGAGGGGGCCCAGGCCAGCCAGGCCCUGCUGGUCUUCAUGGGCGUCACCUACCUGGUGUCCCCCUUCGGCGGCUGGCUGGCGGACGCCCUGCUGGGCAAGUUCGCCACCAUCCUGGUCAGCAUGGCCCUCUACCUGCUGGGCAUGCUGGCCUUCCCCGGCAUGGCCUACUCCGGCACCCGGCAGUGGCUGUGCGGGCAGAUGCGCCUCUGGCCCGUCGAGAACUGCUCCUCGCCUUUGGCCGCCAACGCCACCCCGGCGCCCCCGUGCCGGCUGGAGGGCACCAACCGCUACUGCCUCGUGCCCGCCUUCAUCGGCCUGGUCCUGGUGGGGCUCAGCGUGGGAUCCGUCAAGGCCAACAUCACGCCCUUCGGGGCUGACCAGGUCAAGGACCGGGGCCCCGAGGCCACCCGGAGGUUUUUUAACUGGUUUUAUUGGAGCAUCAACUUGGGCGCCAUCCUGUCGCUUGGGGGCAUUGCUUACAUUCAGCAGAACGUGGACUUCCUGACCGGCUACAUCAUCCCCACCAUCUGCAUCGGCGUGUCCUUCGUCGUGUUCCUGGGCAGCCAGGGCGUCUUCAUCACAAAGCCCCCCGACGGCAGCGCCUUCACGGACAUGUUCAAGAUCCUCGCCUAUUCGUGCUGUUCCCGGAAGAGGCCGGAGGAAUACUGCAGGAACAGGGGUGUCCAGGGAAUACUCCAGCAGCCAUCUCCCAAGCAAAGCCUCUUCGAGAUGGCCAAAGCAUCCCGUGGAGGGCCCUUCAGGGAGGACAAGGUCGAGGACGUGAAAGCGCUGGUCAAGAUCAUCCCCGUCUUCCUGGCUCUCAUACCUUACUGGACCGUCUAUUUUCAGAUGCAAACAACGUACGUCCUCCAGAGCCUGCAUUUAAGAAUUCCUCAGUUUUCGAACAGUUCGGUGAAUAGCACGUCCGGCCACACGUUCCCGGCAGCCUGGCUGACCAUGUUUGAUGCGGUGCUUAUCCUUCUCCUGAUCCCACUGAAAGAUAAAGUGGUUGACCCCAUCUUGAAGAGGAAGGGCCUCCUUCCAUCCUCCCUGAAGAGGAUCGCGGUCGGGAUGUUCUUUGUGAUGUGUUCUGCAUUUGCAGCAGGGAUCCUGGAGAGUGAUCGGCUCAAAGUCAUCAAAGUCAGAAAAAUAAUCGAUCAGAAGAUUGGGACGGCGGUGUACCAUGCUGCUGACAUGUCCGUCUGGUGGCAGAUUCCCCAGUACAUCCUGAUUGGUUUUAGCGAAAUAUUUGCCAGCAUUGCAGGUCUGGAAUUUGCAUAUUCCGCUGCUCCCAAGUCCAUGCAGAGUGCAAUUAUGGGCCUCUUUUUCUUUUUUUCGGGAAUUGGCUCUUUUGUUGGCUCAGGGCUUCUGGCAUUGGUGUCAAUUAAAUCGAUUGGCUGGAUGAGCAAUCACUUUGAUCUGGGUAACAUUAAUGGCUGCCAUUUAAACUAUUACUUUUUCCUUCUGGCUGCUAUCCAAGCAGCAACCCUUUUGCUUUUCCUUAUUGUCUCCGUCAAAUAUGACCGCCAAAGAUCCCGGACUAAUGGAGCUGCUGGUGGGCGGACCUGACAGGACCUGUAAUGGAAGAGCAGGUCAUCUGACUGGCGUGUGUCCUUCACCGAGCCACCAAUCUGCAAUGUCUUGAAACGCUACUCAAGUGGGACAUGUUUGUAUUUUUGGAAAUUGCAUGGUGACGCUGAGUCCUUGCCUUGGCCCUCUUGUUUUCCCUCCCUUCCCCUUUAAAGGUAGGUAAGUGCCUUAAGUCAACAAGAUAAUUUCGACUGUCUUGCUAGUGCCCCGACGUGUGGCACAACACCUAAUUUUCGGCUCUUUUACCCUUUGGCAUGAAGGAUGCACCAUGGCUGUUCCAAGCUGGUUUUCUCUAGUUUGUUAAAGCCAGGAAUAGUCAGCCUUUGGAAGCUGAGUUAACAAAGCAAUGGAUUCAUUUCAGUCCUCUAAUGCAGAGCUUUGAAGGAAGGUGGAUGAAAACACCACUCGAUUUCCUUUUAUUUCUCCCUAUCUAACGUUCCUCUUCAAACUGAAGCCACGCAAGGUAGUUGGGGUGAAAAAGAUCUCUUAUUGAACUUGGCGCUGGUGGGAAUGAGUUGGACAAGACUUUCUUCCCUACAUUGGACAAAAAGGGAUGCUCUUUAGGGGUAUAUAUUUUUUGUAAGCAAAGGUGGAACGACAGGCUGUGUUGAUAAAAAAAAAAAGCCUUGCUGUAUGACUUGGUAGUCUUUCAGCUGCUAUACGGUGAUUUUUUUGGCUUGUUUUUUGUACAUGUUAAAUCAUUUUAGGGUAUGAAACUGAGCUGGUAUCAGAAUUUUGGUUUGUGUGUGUGUGUGUGUGCGUGUGUGUGAGGGGGGAGGUGCCACAUACUUUGAGAUUCUGGUUUUUUUUAGUUAGAAGUUGAAACAAGCAGCAUCAUUUGGAAAAUAAUGUGUGCUGUGAAUAAGGAGAUGUGUUGCUUCCCCGUUGCAAGGUAUGCAUUCUCCUUUAAAAGCUGAUGCACCGGAGGGAGGAGUUAAUGAAGUAUUGAAAUUUCAUUUUGUGUGUGGCUGGACAGAAGUUCUGAAGGGCGUGUGCCAAUUUGGGUUGUCACAAGUGGAACGUCAUUUUGAGACCGGUGCGGUGAUUGGUGAUGGGGGAUUGUGAGAAUUGAUCAGUGGCUGGUGAUCAUGAGGGAACUGGAGGCCCUGGAACUUAUACUGAAUGCCAAGCAAACUUUUUCCGCAGCUUUCUCCUAUGUGGGUCUCAGUUAAAAAGCCAGGUGCCAAGGACAAAACAGUUUUGGACAUAAAUCUGAGCUGUUUGAUUGAAAGAUGGACAAUAACUGUUUUCAGCUUUUCUGAUAACAAAAAGAAGGACUAGAGUGUCAGACAAGAGGUUUUGCGAAACGAUGGCUCUUUAUUCUCACGGGAGCUUUUUAAGUGCAUUUCCUCUGUUAUCCUUGGCAGUUGCAUUGAUGACAGCAAUACAUAAAAGCGGUAUUUUGCACAGAAAUUGCAGAGUCCCCCAGAGAAGGUGAAGGAAUCAACUUCAUCGAAUAAUGAAUGAUUUUUAACCAUUUUACGGUGUUUUAAUUUUUAAGCAUAUUGGGAAGAAAGAGAAGGCUACCUUUGGUUUCUGUAAAUCAAGUACUUUCAUUUAAGCCUGUUUACAAAACCCUUGUGCUGUGAGCCGAUGUUCCAAGGUGAAUAAAAUUAUGUUGCUGGAA